GAAAGGGAGAGAGAGAGAGAGAGAGAGAGGACCUUAUCUUUGGGCUGCCUGCAAAAGACAUUUAACGCAAAAGGCGAAAAGGAAAAUACUAGAGCCAACAGAAAAUCCUCUCAAAAAGAUUAAAAGGAAAAAACACCCACACACUCACACUCACACUCACACAGAGAACAGAGAAAUUCUUCUCCUCCCUCUUCCCUCUCUCUGUUUAUUAAGACUACAACACGUCAGAGAGCUUCGUCCCUUCACAUGGGUUUAGAUUUUCAAAUAUUUUCUUUUUCUCGAGGGUUUAUUCAUCAUCGGCAGCAGCAGAAAUAUCAACAAAAAUAACACUCAGCUUUAUUUCUUUUGGAAUUUCAAGAGAAGAGAAACAAUUCUCUAAUUGAUUUUGAUAGCUUAAACAAUCCAGGUUAUAAAGUUAGAAACUUAAAUAAUAAUAAAAAGAGAGUAGAGGAUGAAUCACUGCGUUCCCGAUUUCGAAAUGGGAGACGAUUAUUCAAUCCCUUCUUCUUCUAGCUUAACUCGCUCCAAAAAACCUCCCAUGCCAGAGGAUGAAAUCAUGGAGCUGUUAUGGCAAAACGGUCAAGUUGUUGUGCAGAGUCAAAACCAAAGAUCUUUCAAGAAAUCACCGCCGUUCAAAUUCCACGACGCCGAUCAAUCAGCUCCGAAGGAGAUCCGAUCAUCUCCAUCUCAUCAUCAACAUCAUCAGCAACAGCAGCAACAAUCGGUUACCGAUCAUCUCUUCAUGCAAGAAGAUGAAAUGGCUUCAUGGCUUCACUAUCCUCUCAACGACGCCAACUUCGACCACGAUUUCUGCGCUGAUCUCCUCUAUCCUUCUUCUUCCGCCGCCGCCGCCGCUAAUCCUUGCGUCACCUCCACCGCCACCGCCGCUCCUCCUCCACUCGGAAGAGUUUCUCAAGUUUCGGCUUCGGCGGCGGCGUCAGCUCCUCGGCCGCCGAUACCACCGGCGAGGAGGAAUGAGUUGGAGUCGACGAGGAUCCAGAACUUCGUUCACUUCUCGAGGCAUAAAACAGCGAGGGUGGAGCAAUCUGGACCGUCUAAUUCGAAGAGUGUAGUGAGGGAAUCGACGGUCGUUGACUCGAGCGAGACUCCGGCGAUGGCCCCCGAUUCGAGAGGCUCUCAGGCUGUGCCUAGCAACACCGAGGCAGCAUCUGGCGGGAACAACAACAAUGCAUCCGCCACCGUGAGCGCCGCUGCAGUUGCCAGCACGCAAUCAGCUGGCGUCAGUGUAGAUGCCACCAAAGACAAUUUGGCCACGUGCGAGGUCACAGUAACGUCAUCUCCUGGCGGCUCCAGUGCCAGCGCGGAGCCGGCGACUCAGAAGGCUGCGCCGGCUGAGGACCGGAAGCGUAAAGGAAGAGAACCGGACGACGCCGAAUGUCACAGCGAGGAUGCUGAGUUUGAAUCCGCUGACACAAAGAAACAAACACGUGGAUCCACAUCUACAAAAAGGUCUCGUGCUGCGGAGGUCCAUAACCUCUCAGAGAGGAGGCGCAGAGAUAGGAUAAAUGAAAAGAUGAGGGCUUUGCAAGAACUUAUACCUCGUUGCAACAAGUCAGACAAAGCUUCAAUGCUGGAUGAAGCAAUUGAAUACCUGAAGUCACUUCAGUUGCAAGUUCAGAUGAUGUCCAUGGGUUGUGGCAUGGUCCCAGUGAUGUUUCCUGGAGUUCAGCAGUACAUGCCAACAAUGGGAAUGGGAAUUGGGAUGGGCAUGGGCAUGGGCAUGGAUAUGGGAAUAAGUCGGCCAAUGAUGCCAUUUCCCAAUGUUUUGGCCGGUUCAGCAUUACCAACACCAGCUGCUGCAGCUCAUUUGGGUCCAAGGUUUCCUCUGCCAGCCUUUCAUAUGCCACUACCAGUUCCAGCUCCUGAUCCAUCAAGAAUCCAACCAAACAAUCAGUCAGAAGCCAUGCUAAACACGCUUGGCAUGCAAAAUCCAACCCAGCCGCGGGCCCCAAAUUUUGCUGAUCCUUAUCAGCAAUAUCUUGGUCUUCAACAGAUGCAAUUACCCCCACUCCAGAGUCAAGGAAUGGCCCAGCCAAGUUCCCGUAAACCAAGUAGCAGUAGGGGAGCUGAGAAUCUUAAAAAUCACCCAUCUGGUGACAUGACACGGUAGCGGCUAAUAUGUUGGCUGGCUGGCUAAGUUGGGGCUAGCUACUCUCAUUUCGGACUGAUAGCAGAUUCUGUUGUCUCAAUUCUGGUUGACUGUUGCUUGUGUAUUCCUUUGAAUCGAUAACAUACAAAAUUGAAGAUAGAGUUCCUGUGCAUUGCAGGUUGACAGUUGUGCGUCCGGGAAAGGUUCUCGCCUUUCUAAAAGUUUUGUAGUGUAAGAGAACUGCCUCUCCAUUCAAUUAGCUAAUUUGUUAUAAACACAGCUAACAUGUAAUUAUUACACCAACAUAGAAAUAGUUCCUUACCUUCCAGUUUCGACUCUCACCUUUGUUUUCCCCUACAUUUUCCCCUUACUAGGUUAUAUAGUUUGUUUUAAUUAAAAUUUAGGAACAAAACAAAACAAAAAAGGCCAUCUUUGCCUUGGUGGGAUGGCUCUGGUUUGCCGACACACCCCCAAAUUGAGGAAAACGUUAUCCAUAGGCUAACACUGAAGAAAGUACGAAACGAAAACUGUCUUCAUUGAUCAGCUUAUACGUGGAAUUGUGGUCCAUUACGUAUCUAUUUUUUUGGACUUGAUCAGCAGGGGAUGUAAGAUUUAGAGGAACUUGGAAAAGAACAUAUUUCCUGGAGGUUUCAAUUUGUAGACUGGUCUCAGUUGCAACCUAGCUAUCUUGUGAACCUUAAAAUGGCCCACAUGAUGGACCUUUAAUA